AUGGGAAACAAACCUUCAAGACCAUCUCGAAACGAAAUCCAAAAAGAAGUUCAAAAGGUUUCAGAAAUAUUACCUAAUUUAUUCUUAACAUCUAGAAUUACUGCUAUGAAACCUAAUAUUUAUAGAGAAUAUGAUAUUAGUGCUGUUUUAUCAUUAACUACUAAUAACAUUAAUUACCCUGAUGGUGUUAUUUCUAAACACCUUCAUAUUCAAGAUAGCUUUUUCUUUUUAUUACAAAAGAGUUUAGAAGAAUCUAUUGAAUUUAUUGAAGAAAUGAUGAAAGAAGGUAGAAAAGUAUUAGUUCAUUGUGAAGUUGGUAUGUCACGUUCAGCUUCUGCGGUUAUUGCCUUUUUAAUGAAAAGUAAUGAUUGGUGUAUUAGAGAUGCAUAUCUUUAUACUAAAGAAAGAAGAGAAAUUAUAUGUCCUAAUCCAGGAUUUAUUAUUCAACUGUAUGAAUUUCAAUUGAAAUUAGGUAUUAAAGAUUCUAAAAGUAAUAGAUUAUUUGUAAGGGAUUUAUUAGAUAGAACAAAUUCAUUAUAUAGGGAAAUACCAACUUAUGCAUUAUGGAAUGCUUUUGUUUCAAGUGGCUUUUCUUAUGAAAAAGCCAUAAAAGAUCAACCAAGAAUGGCUGUUGUUAAUAUGAAUGCUUAA